AUGAGAGAAGAAGAACCAUUUAGUAUGUCAUCAGAUGAGGAAGACUAUGUGCCAUCGAACAGGAAAAGUGUUAAAAUAGUUCCUUCAAGCAACGUGGACAAAAAAAGUGGUAAAUUUAACAAAAAUUGGAGGCAAACAAAAAAUACCAAAAUACACGAUAGCGUAGAUACCUAUGCAGAGCUCAAGGAUAAAAUAAAAGAAUGUUUUAAUGAGGGGGUCGUUGUGCCCGUCAUGUCCCUCAAUCUCCUGUACUGUGAAAAGCACAUAACGAUGUUCGAUUGCAAAAAGGGACCAUGCAGAAAGGGAAAAUACCACGGACACAAAACAUUGACGAGUUUUCUUACGUGUUGCGAUGACAGCUUUGCGCUACUCAACUACAAAAAUUUGUUCGUUAUGAGGAGAGAUAAAGCAGCAACAGAGCUCACGCAGAAACGAUUGGCGGUACAUUACAAGAAUGUAAAGAAGGAUGACGAAUCAAGAUUGCUUCAUCUUGAAAUAAUGAUAAUAAACAUGUUCGCGGCCAAGACAAUUGUUCCGAUCGAGGAUUUGGAGAAGGUAUUUUACGAUGUGUACAGAGUAGAGAUAUCAGAAUUCUGUGAGAAGCAUGGUGUACUUAAAACACUCCAAAUCCUCAAUUCACCUAAUAUGGUAGUGAGUAUAUCGCAGAAAUCCAAUAAUAUUGUGUGCAUACCAACGUUUAGGAAGGAGUUUAGUGACUAUAAAAAGCGAGCUGAUAAAUAUGCACGUGUUCUUAGCGUCGAGGAUAGUAUUCUACGGCCAAAGCUAGUAAGUCAGAGCCCGUCGCGGUCCAAAGAUGAGGAAGGCGACCAUAAUUUCAAGUCGAAUAGUUGCGAGCUGUUUAAGAACGAGAAGUACAGCAAUAUAUUAACACUUGCAGAUCUCAACGUUCCAAGAUCGAUCCAGAAAAAAAGUAUGAACUUUCCGCGUCCCAGCGAGCUAUACAAAGAGCUGGAGUGUGAUUCGGGUGUUGAUCCAAUGUGGUCUUAUAUUCUCCAGGCACUCAACUUGGACGAGGAGGAGGAUGCGUUUAUAGACAUAAAUAAAGGAUAAACGCUAUGUAACAGGUGUGUCUUGUUGUGUGCUGCUGUAUUUUAAUCGAGAAUACAUAUUAUGUGCAAGGUUCGUGCCACUAUUCAAGUAAUUUAAAUGGGUGGAAAGAGAAUAAGC